UAUGGUUUACAUAGAAAGUUUUAUUUAUAUUUAGAAAGAUAUGUUAUUUACGAAUUAUAAAGGUUACUGCUAAAUUCUAAGAAUAACCAUGAAUUUUUCGAGAAUUUUAACUAAAAAUAUUAAAAAAUAUAUCGUAUUUUCUAAUCGGAACUAUGCUAAAUUUGUAAAUCCAUUUACAAGAACGUGGGAUACAAUAAAUAACGAAAUAAAAUCAGGCUUUAAACAACAGUCUGAUUAUCCUGAACAUGCAGAUGUUGUUAUAAUAGGGGGUGGUUUUAUAGGAUCCUCUGUAGCAUAUUGGCUAAAAAACAGAGCAGGUGAGGGGUUAUCUGUUGCUGUUAUAGAAAAAGACACUACAUAUGAAAUGUGCCAGAACAUGCAUUCCCAUGGAAUCAUUACUCAACAUUACUCUUUACCUGAGAAUAUUUAUUUAUCACAAUAUAGUGCUGACUUUUUGAGAAAUAUAAAACAAAAUUUGAAAGAAGACGUGGAUAUUGAAUUUAAACCACAUGGUACUUUAAUACUUGCAAGUGAAAAGUAUGCUUCUAAGUUGGAGGAAAAUGUUUCACUGCAAAAAGAAUUUGGUAUAAGUAGCAAAAUACUAACAGUUGAAGAAAUAGAGAGACUGUAUCCGUGGAUCAACACAUCUGAUAUUAAAUUGGGUUGUAUUAGUAAAGAAUCAGAAGGUGCAUUCAACUCACAAAGUUUGUUAAAAGGAUUAAUUAAAAAAACACAGGAACUUGGUGCUACUUAUUUAAAAUCUGAAGUGAUUGAUUUUGAAAUGAAUCCUCAACAAGAUAUUUUAAUGGAAGGUGUUGCACCAGGGUCAUUUAAAAAAAUUAAUAGACUAGUGUACAGAACUGAGGAUAAUCAAGAAAUAUUUUUAAAGUUUGCAGUUUGUGUUGUAGCUGCUGGUUCUGAUUCAGAAUCUGUAGCAAAAUUGGCAAAUAUUGGGACAGGUGGUGGCCUAUUGUCUGUGCCUUUGCCAAUUGAAAAGAGGGAGUACAAUGUAUAUUCAAUUGAAAAUGAAGGUAGCAAAAUGUCAUUUGGUUUAAACACUCCUUUCAUAAUGGAUACCAGUGGUUUAUGGUUAAAAAGAGAUGGACUACAAAAAAAAUUAAUAUGUGGGCAAAUUCCUCUUAUAAAACAGGACAAAAAUAUAUCUUACAGUGAUAUUCUUUAUUCUUCAUUACACAAUAGAUACCCAGAAUGUGUAAAGUCCAAGGUUAAACCUAUUUCUACGGAUUUUAUUGAUUGUAAUACCUAUGAUGACACUGGUAUUUUAGGCCCUCACCCAUACCACACAAAUCUAUUUUUUGCAACAGGCUUUAGCAGACAAGGUGUUCAACAUUCUCCAGCAAUUGGUAGAGCUGUUGCUGAAUUAAUUAUAGAUUGUCAGUUUACAACAAUUGAUCUAUCAAGAUUUGGGUUUGAUAGAAUAUUAAUAGAUGAACCUUUGAUAGAAUCCAAUGUAUAUUAGAAUGUUAUGAAAUAAUAAAUAAAAACAGUUUAGUUAA